CCAGUCUUGCGGAAAAAUUCCCUCAUUGAAAGUGCCUAGAUGAUAUGACCUCCAGGAUUACUCACAAAGUAUCUCCGCACAAAUCACGCCUGCUGACCUAUUGCAUCUGAUCAAACCACCAACACUUUGCCCAUGUUGCAGAGCAUUCCCUGUAACAAGGUUUUCCACAUCGAAGCCAUCGCUAUUAUCCAUCCCUUUUCAUCCCAAGAACCAUGACAUCCUCGUCGGGAUGGCGGGUCUUCCAGUCGAGCAUCCCCCCUCCAGGCGUCAUGUCUGGACCCCAGUUGAUCCUAUUGCCGAGCCUCUUCCCCGCGCUGGGCAGUAGCAUCUUGCAGCAGCUUUUUAAUAUGCAUCAAUUGGAACCAUGGAACGUUGAUAUCCAUUGGCCAUCGGACGGCCAAGCAACCAUGUAAUUGGCUCUUGGCAUCUGCUUGAAGGUUUGUUAUAGUUGGGUAAUAAAAGAAGUUAUGGUGUAUUGGGGCGAGGGGUACGCGUUAGAAGAGGAGAAUCACCAAAAGAGGGACGAGGUAGCAGAGAGAAAGAUGAGGGGAUUAUUAGGAAGAGGAGAAGAGCGAGGGGAAUGGUGAAAUCCAACCAUAAAUAAAGGCGGACCGAAACUGGACUGACCUCGAUUCCCGUGCACCUCUUCUAUACGACCUCCUUCAGUCCAAACCCGGAAGAAAACUUUUUCCAACGCGUUCUAUCUACUUCCUAGAUCAUUUUAUACCCUCGGGAUACAUUGUGAUCAUGAGAGACGCCGGACCAGAGUCUCGUGGCGAUGAGAGGGGUUAUGCCAGUGGCAUGAUUCCUGAUGAGUUUGACAUCAUCGUGUGUGGUGGAGGUAGUACAGGAUGCGUGGUGGCUGGUCGUCUUGCCAAUCUGGAUCACAACCUCAAAGUCCUUCUCAUCGAAGGCGGUGAGAACAACCUAAACAACCCCUGGGUCUACCGCCCUGGAAUCUUCCCGCGAAAUAUGAAGCUAGACUCCAAGACGGCCUCCUUUUAUGAGUCGCGUGCAUCAGAUGCUCUUGCCGGGAGAAAAGCUGUUGUACCCUGCGCCCAUGUCCUGGGUGGUGGCUCUUCCAUCAACUUCAUGAUGUACACUCGUGCCUCAGCCUCAGACUACGACGACUUCCAGGCCAAAGGAUGGACGACCAAGGAACUUCUUCCACUUAUGAAGAAGCACGAGACCUACCAGCGCGCCAGUCACAACCGUGACACGCACGGCUUCGAGGGACCUAUCAAGGUAUCCUUUGGAAACUACACUUACCCAAUCGCCUGGGACUUCUUGCGCGCUACCGAAUCUCAAGGCAUCCCAACAGUGGAUGAUCUCCAAGAUCUCUCUUGUGGCCAUGGCGCCGAGCACUGGCUCAAGUGGAUCAACCGUGAUACUGGGCGCCGUAGUGACAGCGCACAUGCAUACAUCCACUCUACUCGUGCAAAGCACUCUAACCUCUACCUGGUCUGCAAUACCAAAGUGGACAAGGUCAUCAUCGAGAACGGCAAGGCAGUGGCGGUGCAGACAGUAGCCACGAAGCCCCUUUCCAGAGAUCAGCUCAAGCCUCGCAUUUUCCGUGCGCGCAAGCAGAUCGUCGUGUCGUGCGGCACCCUCUCCUCGCCACUUGUUCUGCAGCGUUCUGGUGUCGGGGACCCCAAAAAGCUCAAGGCCGCAGGUGUCGAGCCGAUCGUGGAUCUUCCCGGUGUGGGCCUCAACUUUCAGGACCACUAUCUUCACUUUUCCGUGUAUCGUGCAAAGCCUGGGACUGAGUCGUUUGACGAAUUCGCUCGUGGAAACCCAGAGAUCCAGAAAGCAGUCUUCGACCAGUGGGAGCUCAAGGGGACUGGCCCGCUCGCUACUAAUGGAAUAGACGCUGGAGUCAAAAUCAGGCCAACGCAGAAAGAACUUGACGAGUUCAAGACCUGGCCCUGCAACUCAUUCCAGAAAGGAUGGGACAGCUACUUUAAAAACAAGCCCGACAAGCCAGUCAUGCACUACUCCGUGAUCGCAGGUUGGUUCGGCGACCACAUGCUGAUGCCACCUGGAAAUUUCUUUACCAUGUUUAACUUUUUAGAGUAUCCCUUCUCUCGUGGAUACACACACAUCAAGUCGGCUGACCCUUAUGCAUGCCCUGACUUCGACACGGGCUUCAUGAGCGACGAGCGUGACAUGGCUCCCAUGGUGUGGGGAUAUAUCAAGUCACGUGAGACGGCCAGGCGUAUGGAUGCCUAUGCUGGAGAGGUUCAGAACAUGCACCCCUUCUUCAAAUACGACUCGCCCGCUCGUGCUCAUGACAUGGACCUCGAGACCACAAAGGCCUAUGCACUCCCGGGCAACGUCACCGCUGGAUUGCAGCACGGUAGUUGGAGCAAGUUCCUCCCUCCGGCUGACAAGCAGCCCGACAUCGAGGUGCUCAACUCUCACAAGAAGGCUGUGUUUGACGACCUCAAGUACUCGACGGAUGACAUCAAGGCUAUUGAGGAGUGGGUGAAGCGUCAUGUCGAGAGUACCUGGCACUGUCUGGGAACAUGCUCCAUGGCCCCCAAGGAGGGCAACAGCAUCGUAAAGCACGGUGUCCUCGACGAACGUUUGAACGUACAUGGUGUUUCUAACCUCAAGGUUGCUGAUCUCAGUAUCUGCCCUGAUAAUGUUGGAUGCAACACAUACUCCACGGCCCUUCUCAUCGGUGAAAAAGCUGCUGUUCUUAUCGCCGAGGAUCUUGGCUACUCUGGCGAGGCGCUUGAAAUGAAGGUGCCCGAGUACAAUGCCCCCGGUGAGAUGAAGCUGCUAAGCCGACUCUAAUCCGACUUGGUUAUGAGCGCGAUCUUUGGUGAACGGUAAAUAAGUAAUGCCUGGCUAUUCUUUGAUCCGAGUUUCCAGUUCGAUCCUUGCAGCACACAGAACGGCGGGAAGUGACGACAAUGACCUGAAAUUUGCGUGGGGUGACGGAAUGGUUUGUAGAUUUACCUACAUAGGUCGCUCUUAUCAGCAGUGCUAGUCCUGUAACGUCUCGAAUGAUCUUUCGAUCACCAAAUAAGAGAAAGUCAACAGUGACAAACCCUAUGGCUCAUAAGUAUACAUCUACUGGAUCAAGUCUCCUUGGCGACACGCAUAUCAUCUUCCCACUCCUUUUGCACCUCGGCAGCAAAAGCAUCAUCACUCAGAACUCUCCAUCCAACCAUUGCCAUACCUCUUCCGCACUCAAUCGCCUUUUUGUAGGACUUGUCUAGCCCUGCGGCGGCAGCAAAUGCGAGCGUAUGGUUCGACUGGCCCUUCUCCGUAUCUAUGCCGAAUGCGCCAUGGAAGCCAGGGCACUCGUAGCAAACGUCACCCAUGUCGGUGCUGCCAGCCAGAAAAUCGGCCGGCUCAGAGAAGGAGACGGUCUCUGGCGUCUGUACAGCUUGGUAUUCGCGACAGAGGGCCCGCGACGGUCUUACGUCGGCGUACGAGUUGAUAGGCUCGUAGCGAACGCCACACCCGGUCGCAAUGGCGGCACCCUCGAAGCAGAGCUUGACCCUCUCCCACAACUUCUGGGCCGCAGCUCGCGUGUCACUCCUGACAUAGUACUCGACGCAGGUGGAAGAGGGUGUCACGUUGGGCCUUUCACCGCCUUGACGCACCACUCCGUGGAUUCGCUCGUAGGGUCUGAUGUGCUGCCGGAGCAUGGAAAUUGCAUUGUACGACAGCGUGGCGGCGUCGAGAGCAUUGAUGCCAUCCCAGGGAGCCAUAGCAGCAUGACUCUCGCGACCACUGAAGUAGAUGCGCAUCUUGACGUUGGCGAGCAUGCGCACAAAAGCGACCUCCUCGACGGGGGCGGCGAGUAGGUAGGAUGGUCCAGGAUGCACCAUCAGGCUGGCGGCGGCGUCUUUGUAGGCUCCGGCGGCGAUCAACUUGAGCUUGCCGCCGCCGCCCUCCUCGGCGGGAGUGCCCAAAAGACGGACUCGUCCUGGCUGAUCCGGAUUGUGCUUGAGGGCAGCAGCAAGACCCAGAAAGGCGGCGAGGGACGACGAGGCAAUCAGGUUAUGCCCACAGGCAUGACCAAUGCCUGGAAGGGCGUCAUACUCGGCGUUGUAGACCACCAGGCGACCACCUGACCCGUACUCGGCCGAGAAAGCAGUCUCGACUCCAUAGGCGUGCGGGGUUACUUGGAAUUGAAGCUUCCGCAAGAGUGAAACGAGAGCAUCGUGGGCUUUGAACUCUUCGUAUGCCAGUUCAGGAUUGGCGUGGAUCUGGUCAUUGAUGCCCCUAAUAUCGCCAUCUUUUUCCCGCAGUUCAU